UGCUAUUACCCUUUUUGCCUUUGGCAUCGGUGAAUGAAAUUAUCAGUUUGAAACAAAAAAAAGAAUUAUUAACCGGAUGUCAUCAUAGGGUUUCCGUUUUGGCUCUUGCUCUGUUCUUUAGCUCUCAUCGCCUCCUUCCUUCUCCUUUGUCAUCUUCGUUUUGGUGCAAUGGCAGAAACAGAAGAGCUACCGGAAGAGAUUAUAGUGAAUAUCCUUACUUGGUUGCCCCUCAAGUCCUUAAUCCGAUUCACCUCCGUUUCCAAACGCCUGCAUUCCAUUAUAUUGUCCGAUCCAAAAUUCGCCCAAUCCCAACUCAAAGCAGCUCGUCAGCAGAAAACCCUCAGCCACAGACUCCUCGUCUCCACCGACGCCCCUCAACUCGAAUCCCUACAGUUGGAUGAUACGCCGUCGUUUGGAGAUCCUUCCUCCGUUAGAAAGCUCAGCUUCCCUUUCCAGCCACAACCGGGCGGUUAUAUCAAGUUACUGGGCUCCUGCAAUGGUCUGGUAUUUGUAGCUGUUGAUAAGAAAUUCUUUUAUAUCUGGAACCCAUCGAUUGGGUUCUUCAAGCAAUUACCUGACCCAGUUUUUCCCUUAUAUGAAAAUGUGCUAGCCUAUUAUGGUGUUGCUUAUUUAUCCGCCACCGAUGACUACAAAGUUUUGGUAGCCACCUUUGGCUUUGGUGGAACCAAGUUAGAGGUCGAGAUAUUCUCAGUGAGAACUCAUAUUUGGGAGAGGAUUGAAUCCCUCAGCGAUGUUGAACUCCGUAGUCAGGGGACUUUUUCGAAUAAUGCACUUCAUUGGCUAAAUCACCAUAACCAGCAUGAUGGUAAGAGUUUAAGCUAUCUUGGGGUUUGUGGAGGGUGCCUCUGUGUGUCGCGUAUUCCGAAGGGUGCUUGUGACUCUAUUGAUCUCUGGGUCAUGAAAGAAUAUGACGUGUGUGACUCGUGGUCUAUGCUCUUUAGCUUAAAGCUCUCCCAUCCGCCUGAGUUGCGCUUGCAUUCCAGAGAAUUCUUGGUUGUGGAAACUAGUACAGUUGUCGUGAAUUGGACAGUCAAGGGGUUCGAGUUGAUAAGGAUUGAUCAUACAGAAGACGAGAAGCUUGGGCGGUAUAUGCUUAAGGCGGUUCGCAUUUGUAUGAUUGAAUAUGAAGAGAGUCUACUUUGGAUUAGUGGUUAUCAUUCAGUAAAAAGAGAUGGAGGGCAGGUCAAGAUACUCAAAACCCAUCAGAAAGCCUCAGGAAGCUGAAAUGGAAGUGAUGUUUGGUCUUGGUUUAUGUGUGGUUGCUAGAGGUGAGAGAGAUAGCUCUUUAAUAGAUCUAUGUAUAUUAAAGAGUGGAAAUGCAUAAGAGUGGUGUCAUACAAGUGCCAAUGAUCUUUUGUUAAGAUUUCUGCAAUAGCUACCGGAAUUGUUUCAGUUCAUAUUACUGAGUAGUCUGAGUCACUCAUAAACUUUUUUCAUAAAAUCAUUUUCUAGAGUAUCAUUUUGUCACUUCAAGUGGCCAAUCAUCUACAUAAACUCUACUUUGUACCAAAGGCAGACUGUGAGACCGAAAGGAAUUUUGGUACUGUUUUGAAAUGCUUUGAACCAAAUAGAGGAGCAGCACUCUAGAGUAAUAAUGUAAUAUCGACGACGUUGCAAAGCUGUUUUGAGUUCUUAUUUCUAAUUUGUGUAAUUUUGAUGUUCUUGGAACUGAAACAGAGCAUGUGAUUUGUGAAUUAGUAUUUUGUAUUCUGCAUUACAGUAUAUUGAAUCAGUAUCAAACAAAGCA